AUGGCCUUUGCAGUAGUUGCCGCCGGUCUGUUUCUCUCGGGCGUUCAGGCACAGUCUUCGGCUCUGUCUGAGAGGCCUCUGCCCGAAAAGGCUCAGAUCAUUGACCAGAAGAGCUUCAAUGUCUUGGAGGUUGUGCCACCGCCUUAUGAGUUCAACGCCACGUCGACCGAGGAAAAACUGAUCCAGAAGCAGGAGUUCCUCUGGCCGGGGGUUACUCAUGAAUCUCUCACCGAGAAGCCUUUCCACAUCUACGAUGCUGAAUUCUUCGACAUUAUUGGCAGCGAUCCGUCGCUAACUCUGGUUGCCACUUCUGAAACAGACCCCAUUUUCCACGAGGCCGUUGUCUGGUACCCUCCGACGGAGGAAGUCUUCUUCGUUCAAAACGCAGGACCUAUCGCUGCGGGGACGGGCCUCAACAAGUCAUCGAUUGUUCAGAAGAUCUCGCUGGCUGACGCCGAGGCCCUUCGCACCGGUUCUCUUGGUACUCCCGAGGUCGAGGUUGUUACUGUGCCGUCAAGCCCUCAGGUCAUCAACCCCAACGGCGGAACGAACUACCAAGGCCAAAUCAUCUUUGCUGGUGAGGGUCAGGGUGACCAUGUCCCAUCGGCACUCUACCUGAUGAACCCACUCGAACCAUACAACACGACCAUCCUUGUCAACAACUACUUCGGCCGACAGUUCAACUCGCUCAACGACGUGGUUGUUAACCGCCGCAAUGGGGACAUCUACUUCACCGACACCCAGUACGGAUACUGGCAGUACUUCCGGCCCGAGCCGGGUCUAAGGAACCAGGUAUAUCGUUUAAACCCCAAGACUGGCGCGCUGACUGUGGUUUCUGACGACUUCGUGUCGCCGAACGGAAUCACUUUCUCACCCGACGGCACAUACGCUUACCGUUACGAGGUCAAAGAGGAUGGAACGUGGGAGAACCGCAAGACAUUUGCCCACACCCACGCGCGUCUGCCAGACGGCGUUCACACCGACUCCAAUGGUAACGUGUAUGCCGGGUGCAACGAUGGGGUUCAUGUUUGGAACCCAUCGGGUAAGCUUAUUGGCAAGAUUUACACCGGCACUGUCGCUGCCAACUUCCAGUUCGCUGGGGAUGGACGUAUGGUUAUUACCGGCCAGACCAAGUUGUUCUACGCAACCCUUGCGGCUUCUGGGGUUGCUUUGACGUAG